AGGAAGGCGAGGAGAUAAACAUGUUUGGUGUUUUAUUGAUGCAGUUGUUUUGGUGUCUUGCUGAACUAGAAAUCAAAGCCAAUUAGCUUCCUUGAGGGCCCAGCACCAAACAGGAUGACAAGCCCAAAGCACGUCUCAGAGGAUAUAGAAGCUGAUAUUGAUUUAGAUGAUUUCUCCAAGGAUCAACUACGACAGCUGUUAGACGAUGACGAUAACUAUAACGAAGAAGCACUGGAGUUUUCGGACGAUGGAGCAGAAGAUUCUAUAGCAGGUGAUUACAACGACGAAGAAGACUAUGAAAGCAACGAUAUAAACAGUGAAGAUGCUUCAGAUGAGUCAGAUUAUGAGGACUCUUCUAAUAGUAAGGAGAACCGAUUCAAGACGCUAGCUGAAUUAGGCUUCAAUGAGGAUGAACAAGAAGAUGAAAUGAUCAGUGACAAUGACUCUGACGAAGAGUUCAUGUUCCGUAAUGCCUUGAGGGAAGCUACGAACUUUAAAGUCAAAAAAAGCUCCAAAAAAACAAAAAAGAGGGGUGGCUUGGCAGCACUGAGAAGAAGAAUUAGGCGAACUGAGUUGGAUCCCGAGGUGAAAAUGCUUCUUUCGAAAGCAAAUGAAGCAUUUGUGAAUAAUGACUUAGACAAUGCCCUGAAACUCUACUCUCAGGUAAUCAAAAUGGAUAAGAAUAAUUUUAGUGCCUACAAAACUUUGGGUGAAAUUUACAGAAUGAAGGACGACUUGAACAAAUGCUCGAAUAUAUGGCUUCUUGCCGCACACCUAAAUCCUAAAGAUGUAGAUUUCUGGAAAACAGUGGCCGAAAUAUCCGUCGAGUUGGGCCACUUUAAGCAAGGUAUCUAUUGUUAUAGGCGAGCUAUUACCGCAAGCGGUGGGAAGGACUUUGAUGCCAUUUUUUCACGUGCUUGUCUCUACAGGGAAAUUGGAAAGUUCAAAAGAGCAUCGUCAGGAUUGCUUCGACUUCGUUCAGCACUACCCCAAGAUUCAAGAAUAGUAAGGGAACUGGCAAAGGUUUAUGUAGAGGAAAACAGAAUCAAUGACGCCAUCUCUUUGUAUACGAAAAUCUUGGACGAUAAUGUGAAGUUUAGAAAGCUUAUAGACAAGGGUGAGCAAGUAACAUUAGAUAACAUCCAAUUUGAUUGGUCAGAGCUCAACAUUUUGUCCGAGUUAUAUGCUUCAAAAGCUGCAUGGUCUUUGGGAAUUAAAGCAUUGAGGCAAAUCUCAAGAUGGAUCCAAGAAAGAGAAAGGCAGACUUUCUGGGAUGAAAACACGAACAAUGACAUCGAAUUUGAUGAGAGAAAAUUUGAUCAUCCUAGGUUUCAAAAACUAAAAUCUCAUGAGGGCAGCUUGGCUUAUACCUUGCCUAUUGACAUCAGGGUCCAGUUGGGCAUCUUCAGAUUAAACAACAAGAAUGAAACUGAGGCUCUGCGUCACUUUUCAAUCCUACUUGAGCAACCGCUGGAGGAAACUCCUGAUUUGUUUUUCAAGGUUGGUAUGGAAUUGGAAAGUUUUGCACUAUAUAAGGAAGCACUAGAGUUUUUGAUUCCACUUUCCUACUAUGAAGAGUAUAACACUUCAGAAUUGGUCGUAACAAUUGCAAAGUGUUUGAGAGAAACCGAUGAUUUCGAAAAUGCCAAAGAUACCUAUAUAAGGCUAUUGGAAUACGACAAAGACAAUGUGGAGUUAAAAGUUGCUCUUGCCGAAUGUUACUUUUAUUUGGAUAACAUUGAGGCUGCCAAUGAUCUAUAUAAAGAGGCAAAGGCUCAACGUACGAAAGAAAAAGCAACUGCUCGGGAUAACUUGGUAUUGAAUGAUACGGAAGCAGACAGAGUCAAUUACACAGAAGAUGAGAUACAGACGAUGAAUGUGAAAUCUGAAAUUCGUGUCAAAAAGAUAUACGAUAAGUGCUUGAAGCUUUUGGAAAAAAUUGAGAUAUUGCACCUAAAGGAAUCGUUAAGUGAAGCAGAAUCUUCUUCACUGAAAACGAUGGUCAGUAUAUGGAUAGAAAUGGUUUCAGAUUUGAUUGAAAUUUUUGCAAUGUAUCGGUUUUUCUUCUCUUCAGAUAGAGCCAAAAAGUUCAAUAUGCGAUUGCGUUUAAGAACUGCAAAACUCGGUAUUGAUCAAAAGCUUUCAAGAAUGAAGUACUUACAGCAUGAAAUUAUACUAUCACAAAACUUUUCUACUAUGGACUACCCUGAAAAAGAGUUUAAGGGCUUAAAUUAUGAUCAAUGGUACGACUUGUUUGUAAGGUAUGCGUUGUUGAUUGCUGAAUUUGAGAAAGAUACAGAAAAUGCUAUAGGUAUACAGGAUAUCAUUAAACAAGUAAAUGUGUUCAAAGGAAAGGAGUUGACAACUCAGCUUGUUGGGCUCUCUAUAGGUAUUCUGACUCAGGAUACACCACUUAUUAUGAUGCAAACCAGAAACCUGAUGAAUGAUUAUCAGUUUGCAAUAGACUCUUUACGACUUUACCUUGCUAGCAUGGUUACAACUUAUGAAAUGGAAGAGUCUUUUGCUGAUCCCCCCUCCCAGAAAUUCAUGCUUCGUCAAAUCAAGGCUUUUGACUCUCUAAAGGACGAGAGUAAGGAAAACGUGGCAGGAAAGGCUACAGUCACAAGGAAAAACGUGGACAUCACCAAAGACCAUUUUUUGAUCAACUAUAUUUAUGCUUCCUAUCUUUUCACAAAUAAAUCAUACUAUUCGGCUUUGAUUUAUUUGUUGAAGUUGUAUCACACUUAUCCGGAUAAUCCAGAUUUGCUAUUCCUACUAGCCCUAGCAAAUCUUCACAGAUCUGUGCAACGGAAGACGCUCAAUACCAAUUUCCAAAUUUUGCAAGGAAUGACUUUCAUGUUAGAGUAUAUCAAGACCAAAGAUCAAUCCAACCCAUACAACGUAAUGGAAGCAUAUUACAACCUUGGUCGUAGUUUUAACCUUCUCGGGCUCGACCAUAUUGCUAUUGGAUUCUACGAAAAAGUGCUGGACAUAGAAGUGGAAGAUCCUGCCUAUGAUCUCAAGAGGGAAGCUGCUCACAACCUGUGCACAAUAUACAAUCUGAACAAGAAUUUCCGACAGGCAGAACUUAUCAUGGACCAGUAUCUUGUGAUAUAGCCCCCCCUUCCCCUUUCUCUCCCCAUUGCCUAUCUAUAGAGAGUAACCCCUCAAGAUGUGUGUGUAUCUUAUAGGUCCAAAUGUAUAUUAUGUAAUCUUUAGGUCACGUGUGCAGAGCACGCUUAGAGUUUGAAG